AUGGGGUUACUCAACCACGUACUCGAGUUUUUCUCCUUGGAAACCCUCGACACCCGGCUUUUUCCCCCAGCAAAUGCUGCCAAGCGCCAGGCCGUGAUAAACUCUGUAAAUCAUAAAUCGAGAUGGUCGACUUUUGAAUUUAAAUUUUACAUUUUGGUUUUUGUGGUGGUGGUUCCACUUAUGUAUAAAACGGCUAUGGACGCGUCGAAUGAGACCAACCCCAAUUAUCCACGGUUUGCGCAUCUUUUGAGCCAGGGGUGGCUCUUUGGGCGAAAAGUAGACAAUUCCGAUCAACAGUACCGAUUUUUCAGAGACAAUUUUUUCCUCUUGAGUGGCUUGAUUGUAUUGCAUUGUCUGGUCCGUAGACUCGCCACUCCCCUCUUGAGGAUCCUGAAACGUACGUGGUUUGAUUUCGGGUUUGGAAUCUUGUUUUUAUUUGCUGCUCACGGUUUUAACAGCUUGAGAAUCGUGGCCCAUGUUCUCACCAAUUAUGCCAUUGGCCGGUACAUUCCCUCGAAAAAAGCUGCUGUAGCCGUUACGUGGAUCUACGGGAUCCUGACAUUGUUCAUCAAUGACAGAUACCGCAAUUUGUCGCUCGGAUCUUCUCUUUUGAACGACGGGUUCAAAGGCAUAAUUUCCAGGUGGGACGUCUUCUUCAACUUCACUCUCUUGAGAAUGAUCUCCUACAAUUUGGACUACUUGGAGAAAUUGUACUCGCCGCCAGCAAGCCCCAAGAAGGAGGACGACUCGAAAGAAGAAGCUUCGUCCAAUAUCUUGUCGUUUUUAGACGACCGACUGCGCCUAACUGCCCCCAUUCCUUUGGCAGAUUACAACCUCAUCAACUACUUUGCGUACCUCACAUACACCCCUCUCUUCAUUGCUGGACCCAUCAUCACCUUCAACGACUACAUCUACCAAUCCAACUACUACCAGCUUCCCAGCGUUAAGGACUAUAAGCGCACACUCAUCUACUUUGCAAGAUUGGUUUUUUGCAUUCUUGUCAUGGAAUUCCUCUUGCACUUUAUGUACGUUGUGGCGGUCUCGAAAACAAAGGCGUGGGAUGGCGAUACUCCGUUCCAAAUCUCGAUGUUGGGGUUGUUCAACUUGAACAUCAUCUGGUUGAAGCUAUUGAUUCCUUGGAGAUUGUUCCGGUUCUGGAGUUUGCUCGACGGUAUCGAUCCGCCAGAAAACAUGAUUCGGUGUAUGGACAACAACUACUCGGCGGUGGCUUUCUGGAGAGCUUGGCACCGGUCUUACAACCGUUGGGUUGUUCGCUACAUUUACGUUCCUUUGGGAGGUUCAGGGAAAUACCGUAUUAUUGCCAAUUUGUGUGUGUUCAGCUUCGUCGCUGUUUGGCACGAUAUUCAGCUAAAGCUCUUGAUGUGGGGCUGGAUGGUGGUUCUCUUCUUGUUGCCGGAAAUAGGUGCUACAAUGUACUUCAAACCCUACCAGAACGAGUGGUGGUUUCGCUACGCGUGUGGCCUUGGAGCAGUUUUCAAUAUCUGGAUGAUGAUGUUGGCCAAUUUGUUUGGGUUUUGUCUUGGAAAAGACGGAGUUAUAGCGCUUUUGCGAGAAAUGUUCAGCACGGUUUCUGGAUUUGAAUUUUUUGUGUUGUCGCUGAGUGCACUUUUCGUAGGCUCGCAGGUGAUGUUUGAGCUCCGCGAGUCAGAAAAGAGAAAGGGGAUCAAUGUGAGGUGCUGA